GUCACUCGGAAAGGCUCGUGAGUCACCCGCGGUUGCCGUGGUGAUUGCAGCGAUGCCGGGGAGCGCAGCGCUGCCCCGCUCCCCCCAGCCCUUCCCGGGGAGCGGAGGGGACCGAGCCGGCCGGCGCUGAUCGCCCAGGGACGUGCCAUGGGCUCCCAUGCCACGGGCUGCUGCCAAGAGCCCCCUGCGACCCCCGAGGCUGCGAGGAUGCCGACGGCUGCCACCCAUGGUGGAUGUUGAUGUUUGUGCGGGUGGAGAUAGCACCAGAAGAAAAAUGGAUGCUCUGACGGAUAGUGCAGUUGAGAUUGUCCCCUUGGAGCUCUAUGAUUCAGCCCGAGCAAAAAUAGCUGCUAAUCUACAAUGGAUCUGUGCUAAAGCCUACGGAAUAGACAACGUCCCCGAGGAGCUGAAGGACCCGUUUUACAUCGACCAGUACGAGCAGGAGCACAUCAAGCCCCCGGUGAUCAAACUACUGCUGUCCAGCGAGCUGUACUGCCGCGUCUGCAGCCUCAUCCUCAAGGGUGACCAGGUGGCGGCUCUGCAGGGCCACCAGUCCGUCAUCCAGGCGCUGUCUCGGAAGGGGAUUUACGUCAUGGAGAGCGAUGACACACCUGUGUCUGAGUCUGAUCUGGGCUCGGCACCAAUCAAGAUGAGUUCUCAUAUGGCAAUGAUUGAUGCUCUCAUGAUGGCCUACACCGUGGAAAUGAUCAGCAUUGAAAAGGUGGUGGCGAGUGUCAAGCGCUUCUCGACGUUCAGUGCCUCUAAAGAACUGCCCUAUGACUUGGAGGAUGCAAUGGUUUUCUGGAUUAACAAGGUGAACCUUAAAAUGAGAGAGAUAACAGAGAAGGAGAUGAAAUUAAAACAGCAACUCAUGGAAAGCCCAGGGCAUCAAAAGUCUCCUUCCAAAUGGUAUUGGAAAUUAGUACCUGUGCGUUACCGACGGGACCAUCUGUCCAGCAGGCAAUUACCUUAUUUCCCUUUGCUGGAGGAUCUGAUGAAGGAUGGGAGUGAUGGUGCUGCUCUUCUAGCUGUGAUACACUAUUAUUGUCCAGAGCAGAUGAAACUGGAUGAUAUCUGUUUGAAGGAGGUGACAUCAAUAGCAGACAGCCUCUACAACAUCCAACUUUUGAGAGAGUUCUCAAAUGAAUACCUGAACAAAUGCUUUUACCUCACCUUGGAGGACAUGCUGUAUGCUCCUUUGGUUCUGAAGCCUAACGUCAUGGUGUUCAUUGCAGAACUCUUCUGGUGGUUUGAGAAUGUCAAACCAGACUUUGUGCAACCCAGAGAUAUCCAGGAAAUUAAAGAUGUCAAAGCAGUGAUGCAGCAGAAGAGCAGCCGCCCCCCCGUCCCCAUUUCCAACGCCACCAAGCGCAGUUUCAUGGCCAGUCCUGCCGGUCCCAGCCCUGCAGAGCUGCAGCCCUCGACCCAGACAGCCCCUGAGGCCUGCAGCAGGUACUACCUGCACCCCGAGGAGCCUGAGUACCUUGGCAAAGGAGGAAGCCCUGCCUUUAGCCCUUCCCAUCCACUGCUCCCUUUGAGGCAAAAGCAACAAAAAUCUUUACAGGGAGAAGACAGCCCUGGGCAGCGGCAUCGUUCGAAUUCUCUCACCCGUGUGGACGGGCAGCCACGAGGGGCAGUUCUUGCAUGGCCAGAGAAGAAACCCAGGCCUCUGUCUCAGCCAACACCGUUUGCUCUCCAUCAUUCUGCCAGCACUGAUGUGGACCCGGGGUCUGGUGACAGCAUCAGCCUGGCCAGAUCCAUCAGCAAGGACAGUCUGGCUUCAAACAUCGUCAACGUAACCCCAAAAAACCAGCCCCACCCUCCAGCGGCGAAAGCCAACGGGAAGAGCUUGCUGAACAACGUGGAGAUGGAGGAUGAGGAUGAAGAGCUCAUUGCAAUUAUCAGGUCUGAGGAGAGGCCAAGCCGUGGGGACCCGGAGGUGCAGAAUGCACCAACCAGGGUGCCCAGCAUAGUGACAUCAGCGUGGUCCCCAAAAACAAACAGCGACACCUCAGACGGCAAACCGGAGAGCUUUUACCUGGAGCCCUUAAUGCCUGCAGUUCUGAAACCAGCCAAGGAAAAACAGAUCAUCAACAAGGAGGAGGAGUGUGGGGAGGGGAAGCAGAGGAGUUUUGUAACCAAGAGGUUGAAUGAAGGACUCUUGUCUUUGGGCCGCAAGAAAGCGCCGAGCAGUCACGGCGAGCACGACCUCAACAGGACUUUUACUCCCAUUUCUAGCUCUGAUUACACUCCAGCUGCAGAUCCCACUUCUGCAGAUCCAGUGGCCCUGGGGGAAGCAGGUUUAGAAGCUUCCAGACCUUUGGCUAGCAGCAGUUUAGAUCCUUCCUCUCAGGAGGUGUCCACUGGAGGAUUCUUUCUUCAUGCUGCUAAACCUGAUGAUGAGGUAACGAGCAAAGUCAAUGUAAGUUAUGUGAAAGGGCUCAAUUUGCACGUUCAGGACACGACCUGGACCAUGGUGAGACAGGACUCGGAGUCGGAUCUCUUGGACAUGGAAGACGCCGAGCAGGAUUUGGCGGUCAUGGAUGACCAUCCCAUAGUCACCAAGUACAUUGGGGAGGAGGAAUCUGCAAAGCUGCAGGAGGACAUGAAGGUGAAAGAGCACGAGGACAAGGAUGAUGCCAGUGGGCGCUCCAGCCCCUGCCUGAGCACCAUCUCCCAGGUGAGCAGCGUGUCCAUGGCCAGCGGCAGCGUCCGCAUGACCAGCUUCGCUGAGCGGAAGCUGCAGAGGCUCAACAGCUACGAGACCAAGUCGAGCACGAGCAGCUCCCAGAAGACCACCCCAGAUGGGUCAGAGAGCUGCCCAGCACCGCUGACCACGUGGAAACAGAAGCGAGAGCAGAGCCCCAGCAGGCAGAACAAAGACAACGUCAACCUUUUGGCUUCGGAGCUGGUGCAGCUGCACAUGCAGCUGGAAGAGAAACGCCGCGCCAUAGAAGCUCAGAAGAAGAAGAUGGAAGCCUUAUCAGCAAGGCAGAGGCUAAAGUUGGGCAAGGCAGCUUUCCUGCAUGUUGUUAAGAAAGGGAAAUCUCCUGAUGGCCCACAGCCCCUUAAACCAGAACACUUUGCAAAAGAGUACGCUCGGCAUAACGGGGAAGACUUGGAUGAAGUUUCUUUGGGUUCCAAACCCGAGGAGUUUCUUGGGAAGGAGGAGGAGAGAGAAGAAAUGCUCGGUGAUUCCCAAGAAGUGGCGAAAGCCAAAAUGCAGGAAAGCCUGGCUUUUGCUGAGCAACACAAAGCAAAAGACUCUGCUGCUCUACAUGAUCUGGAAAAGAGUAAAAUCAUUUCCGUUGCCCUCCUAGAAGACAACGUGACUGAGGUGGACAUAAAUGAAUGUGACCUUUCUAUUGAAAAACUGAACGAAACAAUCAGCACCCUUCAGCAGGCCAUCCUGAAGAUUUCCCAGCAACAGGAGCUGCUUAUGAAAUCUCCAACAGUGCCAUCCCCAGGAGCCAGAAGUAACUCUCAGGAUCAAAAGGUAAAGCCUUCGAUUCAUUUUGUGGAGCCCCUGUCUCCAACUGGAAUGAACAGCCUGCGGAAGCCGCCCCGGUUUGGCCAAGGGAGGACUCCUCGGUCAGGAAGACCAGCUGAUCUCAAAGUCCCUAAAGACAGACAGCAAAACUCUACACGAGUUAAAACCCCGACCCCGAGUCUAGAAAACCUACCCCAUUUGAGACCAUUCCCACCCAACAGCUUGGCAAAGACACCCACGGAAAUGGGCUUGGAAGGGAGUCCUGACCUCGGAAGUGGCUCUCAGGAGAAGUGUUUCUUUGACACCUACAGACUCCACGACGAGAGCAAUCAAAGGGCACUUGUCCUCUCCACCUCCAAAGAUGCCAACAUUCUGUCUGAAAUGAGCCAGGAGGUGAACAACAGCUUCAAGGAAACGGGGCUGAACUCUUCCGAUGGCUCGGGCAAAGAGAACGUCCCGGUGGAGGAGCCGCUGAGAAGCAAAGCCAACCUCAUCGAGGUGGACUUGUCUGACUUGAAAGCUCCAGAUGAAGGAGAGCUUGAAAACCAGGAUAGCUCCACGGAUCUGAUCAGUGAAGGUGAUCAGAAGUCCGGUGUGGGCUUUUUCUUCAAGGAUGAGCAGAAGGCAGAGGACGAGUUGGCCAAGAAGCGCGCGGCGUUCCUGCUGAAGCAGCAGCGCAAAGCCGAGGAGGCUCGGCUGCGGAAACAGCAGCUGGAGGCCGAGGUGGAACAGAAGAGAGAUGAAGCUCGCCGCAAAGCCGAGGAGGACCGGAUACGGAAAGAGGAGGAGAAGGCUCGGAGAGAACUCAUCAAGCAGGAGUAUCUGAGGAAAAAACAGCAGCAAAUUCUGGAGGAGCAAGGGCUUGGAAAGCCCAAAUCCAAGCCCAAAAAACCCAGGCCAAAGUCGGUCCAUCGUGAGGAGUCUUACAGCGAUUCGGGGACAAAGUGCUCUUCCACACCUGACAAUUUGAGCAGUGCUCAGUCUGGUUCCAGUCUGUCUUUGGCCUCAGCAGCAACAACUGAGCCUGAAAGUGUCCACUCGGGUGGCACCCCCUCGCAGAGAGUUGAAUCAAUGGAGUCCUUACCCAUUCUGAGCAGAAAUCCCAGCAGGAACACAGAGAGAGACUGGGAAAAUGCUUCCACAGCAUCUUCUAUUGCUUCAGUGGCAGAAUACACAGGUCCAAAAUUAUUUAAGGAACCCAGCAGCAAAUCCAACAAGCCUAUUAUUCACAACGCUAUAUCUCACUGCUGUCUUGCUGGAAAAGUGAAUGAACCACACAAGAAUUCAAUAUUAGAGGAACUAGAAAAAUGUGACGCCAACCACUACAUCAUCUUGUUCCGCGACGCCGGCUGCCAGUUCCGAGCACUUUACUGCUACUACCCCGACACGGAGGAGAUCUACAAGCUGACAGGAACGGGGCCAAAGAGCAUCACCAAGAAGAUGAUUGACAAACUCUAUAAGUACAGCUCGGACAGAAAACAGUUUAACGUGAUCCCAGCCAAAACCAUGUCCGUGAGCGUGGACGCCCUGACGAUCCAUAACCACUUGUGGCAGGCCAAGCGACCCGCAGUGCCAAAGAAGAGCCAGACUCGGAAAUGACACCCAGCUUCCCUGGGAAAGAGGAUCUGCUGGCUUGGGAUUGCAGCAAGAGAAGAUGUGUUUACCAUUUUCCUCCGGUCUGGAAUGAGAAGUGCAGAACCAUAAACGCUUUUUAAGAAGCUUCGGGACAGGGACGGUGGAUGUGAGUUCUUGAGGAUGAAGGAACGUUGCCAGUGUUUUUUAGGAAUGAUCAACCUGCUGUUACACCCAAUGCUAUAACUACUGUGGCUUUCAGCUGACGAGGGGACUGUGUGCAUGUAGCAAGAUCUUUAACAAGUGGAUUUCCUUUUACUUGAAGCUUUUCAUCGGUACAAAUUGGGAAUAAUUUAAUUCUCUCUCCUCUCCACCUCAUUCCCUCCUUUCUUCUCCUGUCGUUCCCAAAAGUUGGCGAGCUCCGAACUGCGGUAGGAGGAUUGAACAGAUCUUGGGUGAAGUGCUUUGGGUUUGGUUUUUGGUUUUUUAAUUUUUUUUUUUUUUUUUUUUAAACCAGUCUUUAGGGAAAAUCUUCCUUUCAGACUUUUUUGAGGAACUGUUUAAUACAUCCAGUUGUUGUACUGUAUCUACUGCCAACUGUUAAAGUCCAGCUCUCAGAUUCCUGAAAGAAAAAAAAGCCCCCAACUUGUGCUGCUCAGAACAGAGUUUACUUGCAGUAUCUGUUGAGGAUAAGCAUUGCAAGGAUUGCAAAAGCCAGUCUUUUUUUCUAAAACAAAACAAAAAAAAUAAUAUUAAAAAAAAAAAUAAUUGUUCACACAUGUAAAGAUCUUCUGGAAUACAAUCAUGAAGAGGCAUAACAGGUGCUAUAGCUGGAAUGUGCCUGACUGCAGCUUAAGGCAAUGGAGCACAGUGAUUACUGAUUUCAGUUUCAGGUAGUGUCCUAAAGAUUUGUUUGCUUUAAUAAAGGUGGAUUCUGGUAGGUAUAGAACAUUUCCACUCUGAGCACGCUACUCCUGUACGAUGGUGCACUUAAUGAUCACAGAUUUUAAUGUUUUUAUUACAUCAUGAAAUGUAAUUCUACUUUCUUUGUCCUGUCUUUCUUCUGAAUGAGCAGCAUGCUCUACAAUGAAGAGUGUGUUAUGUUUUUUAUUUUGGGUGAUAUAUUAAUAUAUAUUGAUUUGUUUUUCUCAUUUGAAAGCGAUUUUUAAACAGAGACAUUUGCAUUUGUUUCAAAAGCCCAAAUAAGUCGAAUGGCUUGGAUUUCUUUUCAUGUUGAAAUAUUAAAUCUUGAGUUAUGACCUUAAAAGUCUUUGUGUUUCAGCAGAUUAAAUUUUUGUCUGUGGUUAACAGGGUAUAUAUAUUUGCAGUUCCUUUUUUUUUUUUUUUUUUUUUUUUCCUUUUUUUUAUUUUCUUUUUUAUUUUAGUCCUCCCAUGUCUCCCCCUUGGCCCCAGCUGGUUCCCAAGCAGGUUCCUAAUUUAAUCUGCCCCUCCGUGGGUCCGACGCGACCGCCCGUGGGGUCGGGGAGGUUCUGAUUUGGUUUGCACAUCUUCCCUUUCCUUUGCAAGUGUUACUUGAAUUCGUGUCCCUGGAGGGCAGAAAGGCCCUGCACCAUCCUGGAGAGGAGCUCUGAACUCCAGCCAGUGGAAUUGUGAACCCCUGAGAUGAUGGAAUUACAGAGACUUGUGCACAGAGUGGGAAUUGGGAUGAAGGGCUGGGUAGGUAGGGCCAAGUGAAGAUCUUCCAGAGUGCUCUCUCCAUGUUUUCCCUCCCCUCCUUCCAGGACAACCCUGACUAGGCUGCUGCAACUUUGUAAAUGAUGUUGGAUAGUUUGCUGCUUGUAAAUAAUUAAAGGCUUUAUGGUUUCUAAAAGUGCUGAGUAUUAAACACCGUCAUGAGUGGAACUUUUGUUACCAUGCUUUCCAUGCUUGUGCUUUAUUUCUCACUGUUUGAUAUUAUAAACCAUAUUUAUUUUAUGAAACACUGAAAUUUAAUAAAAAUCAUUAACUGAUUUCCUUUUUUUACUCCAUGUGUACUUUUGUUGGUGUGACAACAUCCAUCCCCUCCCAGAACUAAUAAUGCUUUAAAGAUGUGCUGUUCUGCUUCAGUAAAACUUCACCUGGCAGGAGCUGUAAUAAUUUAUUAAUUUAAUAAUUGAAACCAGAGCUUCUUUCUCCUGACCCUGCUUGCAGUGUGCAAGGACUGGAACAAAAGGCUUUCAGAAAACUGGGAAAUAGUUUAGGCCUUUUAUUUCCUCAGAAGGAUUUAUUCCAUGAGUCUUCAGACUCUUGAAUUUGGCUGCUGGUGGGAUUUGGAUCUGUGUGGUCAGUGGCAGAAUUGUGGUGAUUUUUCUAAGUGAUUCAACUACCUGAAAUUUAAUCUUUGAGGGGAAAAAAAAAAAUCCCCAUUAAUCUGAAAUACUUUGGCAAGGAAUAAAGAAUAAAGUGUGUUAAUCUGAACACAGGGAGAGAGAGAAGCUUGUAAGAACAGGACAGAAUUUGGGGGUGAAUGUGCAGGGAAUGUGGGCAAACUGUCCCUGUGAGGAGGCAAAGGCAGGCAGUGUUUUGUGGAAGGGAAAUUGAGGUAUUUUCUUACAGAAGUGUUUGGAGAAUUCCAAAUUUCAGCUCCAGUGUGUGUGUUCCCUGCUUGGUGUCAGGGAAAAGGGGGUUGUGACUCCAGAGCUUUGUUAGUGCUGAUUUUGGGGUUGAUUUUAUGGAAUCUGACUGGGGUUUUAGUGACAUCACGGUCAAUCCUUCACUUUUAAUGACUGAAAACCACGUGCAGGAAGAAUGAGGUUGAUCUUUCCCCAGGAACUGAGGGGACAAUGCUGAUGUUUGCUGAUGUCACCUCUAAAAACCCCUGCUGAGAAUAUGGAAUUCUGUCCUUCCAGAGCCACUGGAGAGCAGAGUGUCAAUCAAUCUGUGAAACGUGUGGGAAUUACCUGUUCCCUCCCUGGACAAACAGAAUAAUCACCUGUAGAUAAAUAGAAUUAAUUAAUUUGGUGACUUGCAGCUUAAACUGUUUGUUGAGCUUGGAUUUCCCCAGGAUUAGCUGGAGCCAGGGGUUGUUCCCUCUCAGCAGAACUUUGGAUAAAAAAGCUUCCAGCUGCUCCCAGAGGUUCUGCUGGGAGGAGCAGAAAGUGGCAGCUCUGUCUCUGACCAAUCUUGAUUUUUUUUUUUAAUUAAUUUCUCCCACAUAACCAGUACAAGAAUGGACAUCUUUAAAGUGCAGUGCAGUUUCUUUUUGCCAAGCCCAUCCAUCAGUCUGUGUUCCUGUGCUCUGUGUUCGUGGUUGACGUGUCCUCGUCUCAUUUUCAUCCCGCUCUGCUGGAGGAGGAGUUCAAGAAUAAUUUUUAAUUUGGAAAAUAAUGCCUUAUUUUUAAAGACCUGGAAAGGCUGAGUGUGCAAAGAAAAGAAAUCUGAUUUUUGUCCCCCCCUUGCCCUGGGGAGUUGGGUGUAGAAACCUGGAGUUUGCACUUCCUACAACCCCAUUUCAGGCUGUAAUUUAAAGUAAAAAUAACAUGAACGAGUUCUCAGGACUAAAAUUUGCUUUUUAUUUGCUUUUUAUCCCCCCCCCCAGCAAAUCUUCAGAACUGAUCACUGGGGCAGGGUCAGAACUACCCCAACCCCCCUCACUUUGUAUUUUAUUUAAUUUCUUGUUUAAACAAGGUGUGUCACCUUCCCUCUGGAAUUUGGGACCUGCUGAGCACACCUGGAAUGCAGCACCCCUUCUGUGCUUACCCAAUUAACUGCUCUGCAAUUAAUUAGGGGGUUAAACAGAAUUAAUUUUGUAAGCAGGUGAGGAGGGGGGUGAGUCCCAAAAUAUGAUUUUGCUGCUCAGGAUCUGCCCAAUCUGCAAAUUCAGCCUCCAAGGACAUCAGAAAGAAGAUUUUGCAGAGAUUUUUACACCAAUUUUUUUUUGCUGCAGAACUGGAGAAAUCUGUGAAAUAUUUUGGGGUGGAAGGGGAUGUUUUUCUGUGCUUCUGGUAAGAGAAAACUUUUCCAGAACAUUCUUCAGGCCAGUUUGAAAUUGGGGUAUUCCUGUGGUCCACUCAGGUGUAUUUUUCGAUGUCUAGAACACCACCAUUAAAGCCAAAAAAUUGGAAUUCUUGUCCUCAAGUUGAGCAGAUGUUCUGUUGUUUAAUUUUAUAUAUUAUGAAACCUGAGUAUUAAAAAAGGGAGGAAAAAAAAAUCUAUUUAUUCUCACCCCUCUGUAAUUAUUCUGGUUCUUAAAUUUAUAUUAUAUUUAAAAUUUCCAUGGAUGAAUUUAGCUUUAAUAUCUUGUUGCAGCAGCCAAAAAUGUAUCUUAAGAGAUUUUCCACUAUGAGAGGGCAAAAUAAGCUUUAUUUUUGAUUAAUCCACCUCAAGUGCUUCAGAAACUAAAAAAAAAAAAAAGGGUGAAUUUGCCUUGUUUUUUUGAUAAAAAAAACACAUAAAUUUUACCCAGAUCAUCAGGACAAAUAUACCAGAAUUACAGGAGGAAUUUCCACACCAUGAAAAGUAAAUAUAUCACCCAAUUAAUCUGAGAUCACCCCUCAGGCACUGAGCAUCUCCCACUGUGCAGUGACUACAAAAAAAAAAUAAAUAAUUAUUUUCUUUGAUUUUUGUUUGGCAACAUAAUCAAUAUCAAAUUAUUCUGAAAAAAAAAAUCUGAUUUUUCUGAGCUUUCUCUUGCAGGGCUGGUUUUGGGGGGGAUUUGAAGAUUUUGAGUUUCCAGUGAGGGAGUGAAAAGGGGCAUUUUUGCUCUCCUGAGUGGUAAGUUCAACUCUCCUUGGGGAAAAAAAAAAAAACAAUUUUAAAAACCUUGGACACUUCCAGGGAUGGGAAGAUUCCUCCAGGAAUGUCCCUUUUUGAGUGGAGGUCAAAUUAAUGAAAAGAUUUCUUAAUUAAAAUGCUGCUUUUUGGGCUAUUCUGAUUAUUUUUUUUUUUUUUAGCUGUUCUCAUCCCCAAACAGAGAGUUCCUCAAUAUUUGGAGAGAACAAGUGACAGAAAUACAAUAUUCACUCGCUGCAAUUAUAUCAAAUAAAAUUGAAUUACAUAAAAUCCAACCUGGAUGGAUGGCAUGAAAGUUAAAAUUCCAGAAAUGCAAAGACUCAUUUUUAUGCCCUCCCCUUCCCUCUCUGAGUGCUCAACGUGGUCACAUCCCAUUAAAAAUAUUAAUCCCAAUAAAAAAAUUACAUUUUUGAUUUCUUUAUUUCCUCGUCUGUGCUAAACAUUAAAUUCCCUUUCAUCUCAGUCCUGAAAUCCUGUCAGGAGUUUUUCUACUCCCAUCCCUCUGAACUCCUUCAGAAAGAAAAUAUUUAUUAGAGGAGGGGGGGAGAUAAAAAAAAACCACAACAAACCCUCUGGGGAAGUGUCUUGAACUGACGUGUGCAGCCAGGAUGAUUAAAAAUUCAAUAUACAGCGUUUCCUCCCAUUCAAACGAGGCACUGCAAAGGAGGGCUUCAAUCAAACCAAUCUCCCAGAAUUACCCUGUUUUUACAUGGAAACCUUGGUAAAGGAAAUCCCCCUUUUCUUCCUGCUUUUUGUCCAUUCCUGGGAAUAACUGGAAAAUUUAUAGCAAUUUAUAGCAUAAAAAUUAAAAAAAAAAAAAAAAUCCUUCCCUGCUUCGCCUCCCCCUUCAUUUCCCAGCCCCACCAGCAGCACGUUUUUUAAUGUAUAUUUUAGUGCUCCAGAUAUUUUUCUCUCCCACGAGAAUUUUCCAGUGUUAGGAGCUAAAUUUUUUUAAUUUUUUUUUUUUUUAAUUUUUCUUUUUUUUUUUCCCAGCUGGGGCAGAGUUUUAAAGCAGAUUUUGGUUCAUUUUGCAGCGUUGGUUCCUCUUCUUUUACUGUGGAAGGUGAAGAGAGAAGAAAAGAUGCAGCAAGAUGAAGAACCCACUGCUGAAAAGCUCAGAAGUCCCUUUAUACUUAAUAUUAAAUCCUGUUUUAUGCAGCCUGGAAGGGCUUUUUAUGCAGCCAGAGCUGCUGGUUGUGGUGUUAAAAUUACCUGAUUUUGGGGGCAAUAAUUGUCAUUCACCUGGUCCUGGAAAACUGAGAGGAAUUUGUGCUCCCUCUCCAGAUUUGUCCUGUUAAAAGUCAAUAAUUAAGAAGUGAUUUAACAGGAUUUUUUCUUGCUUGGGUUGAUUCACUUCCAGCUUUCCCACCUGUUAAUCCCAGAAUUCCCUUCCCUGUUUGAGGGAUAUUGUUUGUGCCCUUCUGUAUGGUUUUAAAUAAAUAGAUUUUUACAGUCUUUGUUUAAAAUGUUUAAUAAAAGCGCUCUCUGCUUCCCCUGGAUUUGAUCUCCAGGUUAAAAUCCCUGUGUAUGUUCUAGAAAUGUUUGGUUUUUACUGGAAAUAACAGAAACUGGGGAGUCAGUGAGAAAUAUCUGAGUGUUGGGAGGUGGAAGAACAGGCACUGAAUCCUGGCACAACAUCAGUAAAAUAAAAAACAAACCCUCAGUUAAAUACCCACAAAAUUGAAUUCAUUUAUUAAAUCACAGAAAAUUAGGAUUAAAUCAAUUAAUUAAAUGAUGUUUAACUGCUGCAGCACCACACCAGGCAACCUAAGCUGCCCUUUGUGCAUUCAGAGCUUUAAAAACUGAGGCUGAAAAAUAAACUUUUGGUGCAUCCCAGGCUUGGAGGAGCCGAUUUGAGGCUCAUUUAAAGCCACUGGAUUUUAAAAAGUGAUGUUUGCUCCCAGGAAAAAAAAAAAAAAUUAAAAAAUUCCAACAGCAGUCUGUCCUGUUGCUGCAUGCAGCUCUUUUAUUUUCAUUUAUCUUUACAGAAAUGUGAAGCAUCUUCACAGUAAUUGUACAAAACCCUCUCCCCCCUUGGCUGCGUCCCGGAACAGCUCCCAAAAUUCGGUCUCCGAGAGGAAAGACAGGAGUUUCACCUGCUGUUGCUGCUGAAAAAAUCAAGAUCCAUGCAGGAGCUGACCUCGGAAUACAAACAUUUUCCAGAGAGAUUAAGUAAAAAGGGGUAUAACAGGAAAUAAAUAUACUUGUAAUACUUGUUUAAUGCAGGAUAUAUGGAUUUAGUCCAUAUUGAACGUAACAUGCUGCUGGAAAACCCCGAAAGAUCCCAGCUGUCCUCGUUCCUGCAGCUCCCCAGGGCCUGGCCUGCCUCUGCAUUGGAGCACAACUAUUUUCCUUCAGAAAAAUCAGGUUUUUUGGUUUUUUUUUUCCAAAAAACCAUCCGUGGAAGGUCCUUGUGCUCCUCUCCCGACCAGCCCUUUGGCAGCAGAAACGACUCCCGUGGCUACUCCCACCUUGGCAGGACCGUUAGAAAAAUAAAAUACUUUUGUUUUUACAUUAGUACUGAGGCUAAAGAACUAGGAAAAAUAAAAAAAAAAAAAAUGAACCCUUGGUUCUCACCCUUGCCUUGCCCACGGGUGAAUUAUCUACAGGGAGGGGGUUGUUCCUCCAUCCCAGGAGGAGUUUGGCUGGGAAUGGGGAGCUCCCGCCUUGAAUCCCGGGAUUUAUACACUGGACGUGCCCAAAACACAGGAAUAUCGAGGCUGUUUUGGCAGCAUCACAAACCAUUUAGUCCUUUUGGUUUGUGGUUUCCUCUCAGGUCGAUGAUCUGCUGGAAUUUAAGGGGCAGGAAGGAUCUCGUGUGCCCAGAGAGGGACCCAACGCUCCGAGGGAGCCUCUGGAACAUGGACGGGGCCCCAGGGCUGAGCUGGCUGCUCGGGGCUGGGGAGGGGAAUUUAAAGCAAUUUAAAGUAAAUUAAAUAAGUAAUUUAAAGUAAAAAAGGGGUUUUUUUUAAGGAAUUAAAGUGCCUUGAAAUGAGAGGGUUUGGCUGAGGAGCUCUGUUUGCUUCUCCACCCCCACCAGCACUGUGUUCACCCUGUCCCGCGCCCCAGCAGGCAGGUG